CUUAGCCACGCCCCCACUCUGUAGCGUUUUCCGGUGUCGAUGUUUGGCCACAAUUUUGAGCAUUUCUAGCGUUUUUGUUUCCCGACAGCAAACGCGACGUCGCUCAUCUUUAUAAUUGAUGUGUAGCGUGUAAUUAUCAUUCAAAAUAUUCAUGAGGGAGUUCUGCCGUUUCCUCUAAACGGGCAGUUUGAGUGGUUUCGUCGUCUGUGUAUGUUUUGGGCUUUUGGAAACGGGUUUUGCGUGAGCCAUGUUAAACGCAACACAAACCCGCGGACUGCUGGUUUUACUCCUGAGUUUAUUCUGCGGUCAUUUCGGCUGGGGAUGGUUUCAAAACAACGCCAAGAGCAAAAGCCCACAGAAGGAGCCUGUUUACGGAGAUACUCCGGACAGCCAGGACCAAAGCUGCUUGUGUCAUUUAACAGGGGUCUUGGACGACUGUUUCUGUGACAUCGAGAGCAUUGACGUCUUCAACAACUUCAAAAUUUAUCCUCACAUUCGCAAACUCGUAGAGAGAGACUUCUUCCGAUACUACAAGGUGAAUCUGAAGCGUCCGUGUCCGUUCUGGCCUGAUGAGGGCCAAUGCUCGAUCAAAGACUGUCACGUAGAGCCGUGCCCAGAGAGUAAGGUUCCUGUAGGAAUCAAAUCUGGCAACUAUAACAAGUUUUCUCAGGCCGCCGGCAGCAUCAGUGAUGCAAGAGAGUGUGAACAGGCUCAUGAACUGGGCGCCGUGAACAGCACACUGAGUAAUCAGACUAAAGAGGCGUUUGCAGACUGGGCUCAUCAUGACGACGCUCAGGAUCACUUCUGCGGGUUAGACGAUGAGAUGUCUCCUGAAGCAGAGCACGUGGAUCUGCUGCUGAACCCGGAGCGAUACACCGGAUAUAAAGGACCGUCGGCCUGGAGAGUGUGGAACAGCAUCUAUGAGGAAAACUGCUUCAAGCCAAGAUCGGUGUAUCGUCCUCUCAACCCUUUGGCUCCCAGUCGUGGUGAUGAUAACGGUGAAGGGUUUUACAAAUGGAUGGAAGGUUUGUGUUUGGAGAAGCGUGUUUUCUAUCGUCUGAUCUCUGGCCUCCACAGCAGCAUCAACAUCCACCUGUGCGCUGAAUACCUGCUGGACGAGGGCUGGGGGAAGUCGGUCUGGGGUCCAAACCUGCAUGAGUUCAGGCAGCGCUUCGACCCGGCUGAGACCAAGGGCGAGGGAACGCGCCGGCUCAAGAACCUGUACUUCCUUUACCUGAUCGAGCUGCGGGCGCUGUCUAAAGUGACUCCGUACUUCGAGCGCUCCUUCAUCAACCUGUACACGGGAAACUCUCAGGAGGACUCGAGCACCAAAGAGCUGCUGCUGCAGGUCCUCAACGAGACUAAAGCGUUCCCCAUGCACUUUGACGAGAGCUCCAUGUUUGCGGGCCAUAAAAUAGAGUCGAAGACACUCAAGGAGGAGUUCAGGCUUCAUUUCAAGAACAUCUCUCGUAUCAUGGACUGUGUCGGCUGCAGUAAAUGCCGGCUCUGGGGAACGUUACAGACUCAGGGUCUAGGAACGGCCCUCAGGAUCCUGUUCUCCGAGAAAGAGAUCAAGAAGCUUCCAGAAAACAGUCCGUCCAAAGGCUUCCAGCUCACGCGGCAGGAGAUCGUGGCUCUGCUCAACGGAUUCGCCAGACUGUCCACCAGUAUAAAAGAGCUGCACAACUUCCGGACUCUGCUGAAGGAUCAGAGUUUCACAGGUUUUCAGCACGUCUCUGUUUCUAUGAAGAACUCCUCAUCAACACUUUAGAGAGCUGAAUAUGCGUCUGAUCAGUGCUGUAUUUAGCUGCGAGUGUCUUCCACUGGAUUCAGUUUUCUGCCGUCUUCAUGAUCUGCUAAUUCUGGAGGAAUAGUUGAGCUGGAGUUGAGAUGAAGAGCAGCUAUUGGUGUGUGUUUGUGUGUCGAGCGCUGCAUGCUUUCAUCAGCGUCUGCCUUAAUAUUUCUGAAUGACAGAACAAUACUGUAAAUACAGCUUCGGCUCUGAUCUGAGCUUCAGUCUCAUCGACUCGAUCGGAUCACACUUUCCACAUCCUCACACCUUCAGGAUUCAAAGCCGUGUAAUUAUCUGCACAAAUGAGAUGAUGAUAUGCAUUUGUUUGAAGCUCCUCUCUGUCUUUCUGACGUGAUUUUGAACAUUUUCAGGCCGUGGUUAAACCAUGAAUUGUAUUGUGUGUUCGUGUCAAGAAUAUUUGUUUAAACGGGAAUAAAUAUGUCUGGUUGUCUCACA